AUGUCCAUCGACGACACCCCGUCGAUCGAUCAGCAGACCGGCAACAUCUACAACUUCACGUCGUCCACGCCGACCCGUGGCAGCGACAACGCGACCGACGUGUUCGCCGAAAUCGAAGUGCCGCUGCUGAAGGACCUGCCGCUGGCCAAGGAUCUGACGGUGAACGGCUCUGCGCGCCGUGCGGACUACAAGUCCUACGGUUCGGGCUCGACCUACAAGAUCGGUGCCCUGUGGGCCCCGACCGGCUGGGUCUCGCUGCGCGGCACCAACGGCACGUCCUACCGUGCUCCGGCCCUGUUCGAGCAGUUCGUGGGCGCCACGACCGGCUUCCUGAGCAACGCUGGCGAUCCGUGCAACACGCCCACCCCGGGCACCCAGCGCGCGACCAACUGCGCCAGCGAAGGCCUGGCCGCCAACUUCCAGCAGCUGCAGAGCAUCACGUCCAUCACCAAGGGUGGCCGCGACUCCGGUCUGGCUGCGGAAACCUCGAAGAACUCGUCGUGGGGCAUCAUCCUGCAACCGACGCUGCCGACGGGCUUUGGUGACUUCACGUUCGCGCUGGACCGUUUCGACGUCAAGGUCGACAACGGCGUCUCGCGUGCCGGCGUCGCCAACAUCCUGACGCUGUGCUACGACGAUCCGAAGUUCCGCGCAGGUGGCGGCUAUUGCAACCUGAUCACGCGUAACGCAACCACCAACGCGCUGACGGUCAACAACAGCUACAUCAACCUGUCGACCGACGUCGUCCGUGGCUACGACUACAACCUGCGUUACACGAACGACGUGGGCAUCGGCAAGCUGCGUGUCGAACUGCAGGCCACCGAGUACCACUCGCAAGCCAGCAAGAUCUUCACGACCGACCCGCUGACCGAAAGCAACGGCCGCGUCAGCGUGCCGCGCUGGUCCGGCGCUCUGGACGUGAAGUACACGGUCAAGGGCUGGACGGCCUACUACGGCACGGAAUGGGUCGGCAAGACGUCGAGCUAUGCCUACUACGGUGAAGAUCCGGCCACCAGCCGCUACAAGAUGGAUACGCCGAACUACUUCCUGCACUCGAUGUCGCUGUCCUACAGCGACUCGGUCAGCAAGUGGAAGACCACGGUCGGUGUGCGCAACAUCGCCGACAAGACGCCGCCCUCCGUCUCGUCGGGCUUCACGAACCGCGCCGGCAAUGCGCCUCUGUACAGCGGCUACGACUACUUCGGUCGCCGCUUCUUCAUGAACGUCUCCAAGUCGUUCUAA